CUCCAGUACUUAAUGAGCCACAGGUGAAUUCUCAGACACACAAGAAUCAUUUUCAUCAAACUCAGAUUUUUCACCCAGGAAUUUCACCCAGGAAGAUGUAUUGUUUGGCAGCUGUUGCAGUCCUGCUAAUUGUGGGAUCGUUGUGUGGAUCUGUUGACGCAGCAUCAGUGCAGGACUGGUGCUACAAUGGAGACAUCUGUGGCCCGAAUGUGUGGAUCUCUAAGCCCUUUGGUAGCUGUAACGGCACUCGACAGUCCCCCAUCGACAUCGACACUGAGACGGCGCGGACCGACCAGAACCUCUCGCAGUUCACCUUCUCAGAGUACGAGGACAAGAACAUCAUGAUGGAAAUCAUCAACACUAGGAGGACAGUGAAGGUCAGUCUCAAUGACAGUGCUGAGAUCAUGGGAGGGGGUCUGAAGCACUCCUAUCACGCAGUUGAGUUUCACCUGCACUGGGGUAACUUGCACUCUGUCCCGGGAUCAGAACACAAGAUGGACGGGAAGCACUUUCCCAUGGAGCUCCACAUCGUACACUUCAAGAAAGGAUACAACUACACCCUGGCAGUGGCAGACCCAACAGGAAUUGCUGUGCUGGGCUUCCUCAUCGAGGCUACUGAUGCUAAAGACACCCCUCUAAGCUGGAAACAACUGACAUCCAAACUGGAUGAUAUCUCACACAACGUCACCUCAGCCUCUUUGAACCUGUCACUGUCCCUUGAUGACCUCAUCUCCGGGGUUAACAGGUCAAAGUUCUACCGCUAUUCCGGCUCACUGACGACCCCCCCCCUGCCAGGAGUCAGUGCUGUGGACCGUCUUCGAAGAAAAGAUUCACGUGAGCAAGGAUUUGAUUGACUUGUUUGCUAAGACGCUGGUUCAUUAUCCCAGGGCCGGUGUGAACAUCACAAACGUCUACCGACCAGUCCAACCUCUCAACUCCCGGACAAUCUUGGCGUCUCCCGGGACAAAAGCCGGGGGCCUGCUGACCACGGCCGGUGUGGACGGGGCUCCGCGUCUCUCCGUCCCCUCCGCCUGGCUCCUGGUCGCCGCGACAACAGGACUCAGCUUCCUGAGGCCUUGUUAGAUAGAAAAAGAAACUGACGUUUGGAAUGAAAAUAAAUUACAUGACAAAUGUCUUUCUCAGCGUCUUCAGUGUAAAUUCAAUGGCAAACGUUUCCACUAGAAGUCUUUCUCAGCGUCUUCAGUGUAAAUUCAAUGGCAAACGUUUCCACUAGAAGUCUUUCUCAGCGUCUUCAGUGUAAAUUCAAUGGCAAACGUUUCCACUAGAAGUCUUUCUCAGUGUCUUCAGUGUAAAUUCAAUGGCAAACGUUUCCACUAGAAGUCUUUCUCAGCGUCUUCAGCGUAAAUUCAACGGCAAACGUUUCCACUAGAAGUCUUUCUCGGCGUCUUCAGUGUAAAUUCAACGACAGACAACUUGAAGACGUUUUUAGUGUAAAUUCUUAUACUUAUAAAAUAUAUAUAUAUAUUUUAAAUGAUGUCUCUAUCGUAGAAUUCCAGGUGAUGCUAAACUUUUGGCCUCUGGUUUGUGACUUUCAGAUUGAACGUAGCUGCCCCCCCAAAAAAUUGCCAAAAAAUCUGUUUGAAAUCAGAAGCCGAUGAAUUGCACUGAAGGAGGAAAUACAUGUGGGGUUUAGAACUUUUUUGUCGAACAUUUUUCUUUCUUUCUAAUGCACUGUAUUGAAAUACUGUAUGAAAUACCACAAUAAAGAAACUCAAAGUUUAAAAGGAA